CUUGCAGGUAAACGGGUGAGCACCCCCCAACACCCACAGGUAAACGGGUGAGCAGCCCCACCCUUCUGGGCCGCACAGGUGAGCUGCCCCCUCCCAAUCCUGAUGGACUGCACGGGUGAGCAGACCUCGUCACUGGGCCACGCAGGUGCACAGUGAAGGAUGGAUGAUGAUGAAUUUGGAGGAUUUGAAGCAGCAGAGAGCUUUGAAGAUGGUGAAAUGGGAACACAGUCAGUCUCACCAGCCAUUCCCUGGGCAGCAUUUUCCGCUGGGCCAGCAGUGGAGCUGGCACAAAGUUCUUCUGCAGAUAUUAUCAUGGACCAGACUGCACAAUCUGUUGGAAACUAUACUUCAAAACCUGCCCUCUUUCCAGAAGAUGAGUCUGACUCUACCCUGAGAGUUGAAUCAGCAGACAAUGCCUUUGUGGAACAAGUGGUAUCAACAAAAAAGGGAAAGCAUGUUCAGCAGAUGUCCCAACCAUCACUGAACAUUGUAUCUGUACCAACAAGCUUAUGUGAAGAAAUAGACCCACAGCAAUCUGCAUCUGCAGAUGUCCUUGCAGGCCACGUGGUGCUGAUAGAAGCAAACAAAAUUGAAGCACGCUACAAAGAAUCACUAGAAAAUAUGGAAGCAAAGCUUUCUGCUGCGGAAGAGGAAAAACUCAGAAUGAAAGAGGAAUUGCAGGAGAUGUUUGAGAAGUACUCAAAGUUAGAGGAACAUCUGCAAGAAAAAAAAGCAGAGAAACUUUCAUACAAAGACCAAUACAGUCAGCUCCAGGAGAAACAUAAACAAGAACUGGAAGAUCUUAGAAAAGCUGGUCAUGAUGCUCUAAGCAUCAUCAUUGAAGAAUUUAAGGCAUUAACAAAGUCUGCUGUGCAGCAGCAGCAAGAAGCAAGUGGAAAACACCUUCAAACAACCAUAGAUAAUCAAACGCAGAAAUGUGAAGAACUGCUCAACACUCAGCAUGAGCGACUGCUUGACUUACUGGAGAAAGAAAAAAGUGUAUUGCAAGACAAGAUUAACAAAGCUUUGGAGGAACAAACAAAACAGCAUAAGGAUGCACUAGAAAAAUGUGUCGCUGAAGAAAGGCUGCAAAGCACACAGGCAAUGGGAAAAGUUGUAAAGGCAGAAAAGGAAAUCAUUACGGAGGCUGUUUUGAAAGCUGUGCAAGAGGAGAGGGAGAGGAUGGAAAAGAUCCAGUUGGAGAAAAGAGAACUAUGGGAAAUUGAUCGUUGUAAGGACCAAGAGAAGUUGGAGUUGACUAUCCAAGAAGCAUUGCAAGAAGAGAGGAACAAAAGCCAGGAAGCCUUAAGAGAAGCUGUAAAUCAAGAAAGAAGAAGAAGUGAGAAAGCAAUAGCAGAGGCAAUUCAAAAAACCAGAGAGGACAUGAUUAAAUAUACCAAAGAGCUAAAAAGGCUUGACCAGGUGGCUCGUCAACGUAACCUAGCCAGUUUGGGACUGUUUCUGUCAUGUGCACAAAAGCAGUUAUCUGCUCUGUUGGAAGAUAUGCCAGUAGCUAUGGAACAAGUCAGCGAGUAACUUUAGGUACAUCAAACAGAUGAAGCAAGUAAAAGAAAACAAUACAAUAAAUCUAACACUAUCCACUAUGUUUCUGUAUGUUUGGAAAUGCCAUUCCUUAUUGUGCAUCUUGGUUAAAAAUGUGUGCUAAUCAGUAACAACUUUACAGACUGUCACAGACUAUUCUGUACCAGGGGUGGAAACCUUUUUCUUAUCAUAGACCUUUCACAUAUAGACAAAAUCAGUCACGGGCCACACACAAAUAAAAAUCAACUUCGUUUAGUUUUUUUUUAGAGAGGAUACAGAAACAUUUGACUCACCCGCUGUUUUAAUUUGGUGGCUGAAUUUAAAUAUCACAUUGUUAAAUAUUAUCAUAGUAACUUAGCUAAUGCUUUUAUCCAAAGCAAAUUCGUAACGAUGAUGAUAAAUGCUAUUGUGAAGGUGCUACUGUCAUGGCCUAUAUUUUUAGAAAUCUUGUGGCAUGGAUGAAAUUGAGCAAUGGGGGAACCCAUGGGCUGUAGGUUCCCCACCCCUGCUGUAUACAAAAACUCUCAUACGUACACAGCACAAGACCAUUGAACACUGGUUUAAUAAAGGAAUCAAUGUUAAAAGCCUAUAAACACUAACUUUAUACAAAAGAUGCCAGCCUUGUGUACGUAAGUACAUUGUUAAACUUUGGCUUUACAAACACUGAAAUAUGUAACUUAUAAAUAUCAGCUUUACUUAGAUACCAAAAUUGCUUUCAGUUGCUAUCUGGUGUAUAUUUCUUGGCCAUAGAUGUCAUUUGCAGCAGACUGAGGGAUAUCAGAUGAAAAAUACCUUAACCUGAUCUUGAGAUCUGUGCAUUGACCGUGAGAUAUCUUUAGUUUUGUGAAUUUGUUCUUGCCUGUGCAUCUUGAGAAAUAACAUGCUUUUUAUACAGGCAGAUCAGUGCUUUUUUUUUUGUAGCUUUGGAAUCAACCUUGGGAUGCGCUUCAGACCAUUUAGUUCUUGGUUUAAAUUCAAGUUGAGUCCAUCAAUGUAAUGUACAAAACUUACAUUUUAUUUCAAGUGAAAUAUUCACUCAGGCAGCCUAAAAAAAGGUGACAUUAUUGGCCUGGGUUAUGUGAUAAUAAUGGCAAUGGAACUGUCAGCAUUCACCAUCAUUAUUCCAUUGAAACUGAGAGAAAUUUCAGGAGUCUGCAAAUAUGCAGAAAAACAUGAAAAUCCAGAAGUUGCUGUCAAUGAAUCCAUACUCCUCCAUAGGUUGUGCUGUAGAUGCUUUGACCAACUGCAACCUCUAUUGCAAUCAUGAAUUAACAAAAUCUUGCACUUCUGCCCUGUUAAUCUAGCAGUAAAGUUCAUGAAAAAGUUACACUUUGUUGAAUGAAGUGUAACUAUGUUCUUAAUGGCGUACUAACUUCAGAAUUACUGCUAAACACCCUUGCUGACCCUAGAAGUUAAUUUUAUAUUUGUGGAUUGUCAAAUUUCUUCAUAAUAAAUUCUAUGUAUUUUGAAAAAAACUUAUUUUCACUUCUUACAAGUUUGUUUAUUUUAGCUUGCAUCAUAAUACAUUUAUUUCAUUAUAUGAAAAUUUGAAUUAAAAGUGAAGGAUAUUAA